AUGGCCGGCUGCGGAGACUCGCCCGGCUCCAGUCGCUCCGAUGACGUCACAGGAUCCUCCGAGUCGGUCCGGCAGACUGCCCGCUCGCCGGCGGCGGUGGCCGCUGACGCGCUGGCCGCCGAGCUGGACCGCGCAGUGGCCGACCACCGGUUACCCACGGCUCAGUUCAGCUCGUGUUCCUCCCGGAGCGGUGGCCCGUCCCCCUCGGAGGAGGGCCAGGCGGAGAGGCAGCAACAGCACCAGCACCAGCAGCACCAGUCGGACUAUAUUCAGCAGCGCCAGCAGAACCAGUACCCACAGCACCAGCACCAGCAGCAGGCGAACCGUCGGCAGGAGGACGGGGACCGCCCCGGUCAGAGGCAGAGCUCGCCUCCCUCCCCUCCGCCGAAGCCGCCGCGGGCGCUCCCCGCAGCCGAGUCCCGCUCCGACCCGGCUGAGACUGUCUCCGAGGCCACUGGGCCCCCCUCGGAGGUGUCUCCGUCGGUGGCGCUGCCGUCGCUGUCUCGCUCGGCGCCGCCGUCUGAGGGCCGGUCGGCGGCCGCUGUCCCGGUGGACAGUGACCCCGACCCCGGCCUGGAGCGGCUGCAGCGGCAGGCGCCGGUCGGCGGCAGCGGCGAGCACUCGGCAGCCGAGACGGACGACCAGGUGUCAGACGCGGCGCUGGAGUCGGACAGCGCCGGGCUGACGGCAGGCGGGGAUACUAACUCGCCGGCGGAGGGAGAGCGGCACACCGAAUCAGACGGCAGACCGCAGGUGACGCCGGGCACGGCGGUGUACCAGCGGACGGUGACGGAGCCGCCGUCCGCCGGCGGCUGUCUGACCGCCCUGCCGGUGGCCGGGAGGACGCUCGGACGGCCUCCUCAGCCGCCGCUCAGUGCGAUCACAGACACCGUGAGCAGCACCGGCUGCGGCUCCAGCAGCGGCUCCAGCGCCGUCACCAGCCCCGGCGGCAGGGAGACGCCCAAGGUGGCAGUGGAGAGGACGGCGCAGGGACGAUCGGAGACGGUCGCUCAGACAUCGCAGAGUCUGCUGCCGCCAACAGUCGUGUCGCCGCAGUCAGAGGAGGGCUCGAGCUCCGUGCUGUUGCAGUCGGGCUGCUGUCAGACCACGCCCCCCGCCGGCCUGUCCGCCGCCUGCCAGACCCAGCCAGACAGCCCGGACCGGCAGCAGGCCGGCUGUCAGACAGAGGCGCCUGGCGGCGCGGCGGAGAACCUCAGUCUGCCGCCGAGUCCGCAUGGCGGCGCUACCGGUCACCGGCUGGCGCCGAGGACUGGAGGGGAUGGCUCUCUGUCGCGGAGUGACUCGUCCGGACAUAGGUCCACCGCCUCCGGGGAGGACCUCUCUGAGGGGGAGGUGCUCCUUCCCGCCUGGCUGCGCUGGGUCGGUACCGCCGGCUGCGCCACCACCGUGCGUUCCUCGGCGGUGACACUGGCCGCGGCGUCCCGGCACACCAUCGGGAGCCAUCUGACAGAACAGGAGGCUGCGGAAACGACGCUGAGCGAAGGUGAGGUGACGGGCGACACGGUACCGGUGGGUACCUUCCCCUCAAUGUCUACAAUAGGACCAGUUCGGUCUGCCCUAGGACCGGGACCGUCAGGGACCACUCUGGCACCGUCAGGAACCACCCUGGGACCAGGACCGUCAAGGACCACACUGGGACCAGGACCGUCUCGGUCCACCCUGGGACCGUCUGGGAGCCAGCUGAGCGCCGGCCAGCGUCGCUCCAGUCACCUGUCGGCGGGUCACAGUCAGCUGGCGGUGAGUCGCGGUCAGCUGGCGGCCAGUCGCGGUAGUCUGCCGCCCUCUGUGCCCUCUGUAGACAGUGUUCCGGCGGCGCGGACAGCCUCAGACUCCCGGCUGAGCGCUGUCCGUGCCGGCCCCGGUCCGUCGAGCGCCGUCCGUUCUGAGGUGUCCGGCAGGCCGGCGGCUCGGGCCGCCAGCUCCCCGCGUCUCUCCACGGUAUGUGAUCGGCCGUCGGCGCGCCGCCGCCGCUCCUGGGCCGCCCCCGCCCCCGCCCCCGCCGGGGCUGACCGCCCGCCGGAGCCGGGGGACCUCAGUGACGGGGAGGUGUCCGGCUCUGUGCGGGUGCGUCACGUGCACAUCCGGCCGGUGCGGGCCGGCCCGACCUUCGAGCUGGGAGAGGAGGGCGGGCCGGCGCCGGCCAGCGAGGGACUCUGGUCAGAAGGAGAGGCGGCCGAGGAUGGCGGCCUCUGGGCCGACCAGGCCUCGCUGCACGGGUGACACGGCGGUCCGGUCACCUCAGCAUCUCACACGACCCAGUGAAAGGACUAAGUUAGUCCUCAAUGACGUCGAAGUUCACUCAUUCCGUGCAUUUCGUUGGCUAUCUUAAGUAUAUGCGAAUUGGGCCCGCGCUCGUCUUUCACCAGUAUUUUUGUCCCUCGUUUUGGCCAGUGUUGAGUGCGGUGUUGCUGUAAUGAUCUGUUUUGUAUUUGCAUGUUGUGACAAGCAGGCUACCUCACUGGUGUGAAUGUUAUUUGCUUUGAUGUUGUCGGCCUCAUGUCUGUGCUUUAAACGAGUGCCCGCACUGCCAGUGAAAAGUACAACCUCCUGCAGUUUGUUUUACUUUUGAAGUUUGUUAUAAAUAAAUGAACAAAACAUGGCAAAUAAA